CCCUAUAUAUAGAUAAUAACAAGACGUUGUGUUCAUGUUUAAUCAACUUUGCAUAUGGUCAUUUACAAAUGAAGAAUUUUAUAUCGAUAAACAUAGUUUUGGUUUUAGCACUGGUUUACGGAACACACAAUUUAUUAGCAGUAACAGCACCAGUGUGUUCUGACUGUGCAAAUGUUGAUCAUCCAUGGAAUUGUCAUAAAUCAAUCAGGUGUCAAGCUAAUGACGUUUGUUCUGUGAAUGUAUUUUCGCACCUAGGGACAGUACUCUAUUCGCUAGGAUGUCAGAGGAAGCAGAUUUGUUUAGAAUUCAUAAAUCAUGCUGGUCCAAAUAUAGGAAAACGUAUUGCUGAUGCUGACUUCUGCUUCGCCUGCUGUAUAGACGAUAUGUGUACGAGAAUAACGUCGUGUUAUCAACUAAGAGAACAGAUGAAUGCAACAAUGUUCCAGUGAGCUCUGUCUACAAGAUUAUGACCCCGUCAGUUAUUGUAUUAAUAAAACUAUGAAAAAUG